CUCUGUUCGUCUGUCUCUCUCUCUUCUCCGUCUUCUCUCUCCAGAAUCUUGUACUACAAUUCAUUGUUUAACAGGAAUUUACUCGAGUAGAAAAAGAAAAUGGAAGGAUUAGCAAAUCCUGUAUCAACUGCGAAAACGAUGAUGAUCAUCAUAGUGUCGGCCAUUUUGUUUCGUUGUGUUUCUGCUGUUUCUGUGAAUCAUACUGUUGGUGAAUCUUCCGGUUGGAGUCUUUCUUCUAAUCUUACUCUUUGGUCUGCUUCCAAUUCUUUCUUCGUCAAUGACUCUCUUGUCUUCAGCUAUACCCCAGAUUAUGAUGUGAUCGAAUUGAGCAAACCGGAUUUUGAUACUUGUCGCAUUAACAGCCCUUUAUCUACCCAUGAUGAUGAAAGUGGACAGACAGUAAUCCUGCUGAGCCAACCUGGUUGGAGGUACUUCGUCUGUGGAAGACCACAUCACUGCAGCAUGGGCCUUAAACUAAGUGUCCAUGUCCAGGAUCAUCCCACCACAAAAAAUCCUAACGAGGAUGAAGAUCAACCAUUCAACACCGGUACAACACCAGUAAAUGGUAACACAGUUUCUGGCCCGCAUAAAUCUCUUGGUUUUAGUUACUUCAAUGCCGUCACUUCUGGUACGUUUUUGCUGCAGCUGAGUAUUACCUUCUUGGGAAUUUUCUGCAUCUUCUGGCUUCCUAUAGCUUGACAUUAGUAACUAGAUAGUGUUUAAAUACUAAUCUGGAGUAAAUCACAAUUGUUAGUGCUCUAUUUUUUAGGCAUUUAGUAUUAAUGAUUGAGCUCAAUUGUAGUAUAAUAGUAAUAGCAGAGGUGAUGGUAUCACUAUGAGUUGGGCAGCAACUCACUGGUUGCACCCUGAUGAAUUAGGUUACCUUCAUCUUGAUAUUAGAAUACUGGUUCAUUGUCCUGUGUGAUAUGAACAUUGUUAAUACAAUCACAGAUAUACAAGUACUUUGAUAUUUCUUAUAACUCUAAAGAG